GAGACUGUCAGCACAGACAUUUUAAGGCUUAGUGUCUCGGGGUGUCCUCAAAUCGCCGUCUUUUUUCAUGAGAUUGGAGAUAUGUCCUUAAAAUUGAAUAACUCAGGAAUUUCCAAUGGGCACAAGACGCUGGCAGCAUCAGAUGGAGAGCUGAACGUGAUGGAGACGGAUGAACAGGGUGGAGGCAGCAACUCCAGCCUGCCCAGUGCACCCAAUGACCGAGCCAGCGGCGUGGACCAGACAGCCAGCUGGGCCGUCAGCUUCGAGCGGCUGCUGGAGGACCCCACUGGGGUGCGCUACUUCACCGCCUUCCUGAAGUCCGAGGUCAGCGCUGAGAACAUCUUAUUCUGGCAGGCGUGUGAGAAGUUCCGCAGGAUCCCCUCUUCUCAGCCAGAUGAGCUGUGCCGUGAGGCUCUAUCUAUCUACAACACCUACCUCUCAGAUAGCGCUACUCUUCCAGUCAACAUUGACGACACGGCCCGUGUGGAUGAGCAGACUCUCAAAGCUCCGCACUCAAACAUGUUUCAGAAAGCCCAACAGCAGAUUUUCAAGCUGAUGAAGUUUGACAGCUACGCUCGUUUCGUCCGUUCCCAGCUGUACCAGAGCUGCAUGCUGGCUAACGUUGAGGGCAGGCCCCUGCCUGACAUCGGGCCCCGCUCCAAGGCCCCCACAGCUAAAAGGGCCGCCGCUCCAGAGAGCUACUCCCAGAGGGACCAGCAGAAACCUGACUCAAGGCAGAAGGAGAAGAGCCGAGCUAAAGCCGAGGAGGAGCAGAGGAAGGGGCCGAUCCAGAAAUGGGACAAACGGCAGGAGAAGACCGCAUCAUGGGGAGAUCCUCUAGCUGUAAGAGGGUCCUCACGUACCGAGAUGGAGCAGUUGGGCGCUCGGGUGCUGGAGAGCGACCGCGCCGUGGCACACAAGUACUGCUGCGUGUACCUGCCCGACGGCACGGCCUCCCUGAUGCCAGCGCGGACCGGCCUGUCCGUGCGCAGCAUGCUCAUGGGCCUGUGUGAGAAGAGAGGCCUCCCGCUCAAAGACAUCACCAUCCAUCUGCAGGGCAAAGACAAGAAACCCCUCUCUCUAGACCAGGACAGUGCAGUACUGAAGGAUCAGCAGGUGGUUCUGGAGCUUCGAGUUACAUUAGCGGUAAAAAUUGCUUUCAUGGGGAAGACGGUGACAAUUGUGGCCAAGUCUAACAAGACUCUGCAGGAAGCCCUCUCCACCAUUCUUCAGAAGCACGACCUACGACCUCAAGAGGCCCUGGUCACCAUGAGCGGAAGUGGCGAGAUCUUAAACAUGAACAUGGGGGUGACAUCUCUGGCCAACAAGACAGUCAUACUGGACAGAUCAAAAGCUCGAGACAUCCCAAGCGCCACCAAAGUACCAGUCUCCUCCCCAGUGCUUCAGAUGAGAAGAGGAGGCAUCGCAGACAUGGACAUAAGCUCCACUGGAGCUGGGCUCAGAGGCAGAGGAAAUGCCCGGCAGAGGAACCCUGGCCUGCGCAGAACCUACGACAUGGAUGGCCUGGUGGAGCUGCUGAACAGAGCCCAGUGGUGCAGUGCCGAUGACCAGCGGGGCCUGCUGAGCAAGGAGCACUUGAUGGUGCCCCAGUUCCUGCAGCAGCCACUCCCCGAGGAGACGGGCGAGGAGGAGGGCCAGGACCAGGGGAACUGGCCGGCCGAGGAGAGCCAGUCGGACUCUGGCCCCUCCAGCUGCCCGCCACAGGUGGCAGACGCAGAGCCUGUGCCCUCAGCUCAGGCCGACACAACGCCCUCGCUGCCCCCUACGGGGGUGGAGGUGCCAGGCCAGGCCGGGUCCACAGAUGGACUGCCCGACAGCCAGAACUCAGGCCCCGCCCGGGAGACGGUGGUCUGAGGGUCAGCGUAUGUUUGAGCCAGACUGGACCGACGUGACAGCCCUCGGUGUAUUUUCACAUUAACUACAGUGACUGUUUGUUGACGAGACGAAUAUUUAUUUGGAAAUGACUGGAAAUGUGAAAGAUGGGAAGUUUCCUGCCGCUUCGUAUUCAUUUUUUGUUGAUUUUUCAUUUCCUGGAAGAUUCCUUUGUAUCCCAUAAUUACAUAUUUUGCAUUGCAAUAUUCCGAUAUGAUGUGUCCAGAAAACGGUACAUGUCAGUCGGGGCAUCGAAACUGGAAUUUUAGAAUGUUGCACUGUAGUAUCUGCUCUCUCUCUCUUUCGGUCUCUCUCGUGCACAAUGUCUCAUUCUGCCUGGCAGUCUUACUUACUGCACUGUAAAGUUAUUAUGUCAGGGAUAAUGUUUGGUCCACCGGUCAUUAUUGGAUGCAGAGUGGACUGCAACAGGACAUGUCUUACAACCUUUAAGCUAAUGUGUAGAUGUGAUGGACAAACGUAGAAGUCCACCAAAGCUCCAUCAAGUACUUGUGGUUUCUUCUCAUAUACAUGUAUAGCCUUUGUGUUUGAAAUGAAGAACCAAACCUUGUGUGGAGUUGGAGCUGUGACCUGAAAGAGAGAGAGAGAGAGAGAGAGAGAGAGAGAGAGAGAGAGAGAGAGAGAGAGAGAGAGAGAGAGAGAGAGAGAGAGAGAGAGAGAGAGAGAGGACCUGCACUCAUUGUGGGCAGUGUAAAUGUAAUUUGUACUGACACAAGUGCUUCAGUAUUACUUUAUCCUGUAGCAGGUCUAUGCCGUCACUACGGUUGCCAGAUGGCACUGAGGCUGGGUACUCUAGUCCAGACUCUGCAGAUGCCAUCUUAGCUGUGCGUGCCUUAGGAGUACCCUUACCGGGUAUUGAGGUCCUUAACGCUGGUUUGGACACACAGCUGUACUGUUGAGACAGAUGUUGUGAACUGAGAGUGUUGAGAGUG